UGACUUGGUGAAGGUUUAGUUAGAUAGGAAUGCAAUGGGCCAAGGUUUGGAGAUGAUGCUGUGGGUAUCUGGUGGGACAGCUGUGCGUCUGUGCGUACGUGGUCGAUUUACUGAAUGUACAUGUUGUUGUUUUUCUGGUCUGCUGCUAAUGACCCCAUACCUCAGGUCCACUUGUAACAAGGCCUGACACCGUAGUGAAUGUCCAACAACAUCUCCAGAAGUUUUCUAGGUGAAGGUUUAGGGAGUCAGUCGGAACAGGGAAUGUAUCUUUACCCUGCAGGAUGGGAGGGGAGUUCUCUCUCACGGUGAUCAGCCAGCUGCUUUCAGAACAGACAGAUUUGAAGGGAUGCAGAUUUUAAAGCAAGGUCAAAGCUUCAAAGGAAACACACAAGACUCCCCCAUCAUCUGUUUUUAGCUUUAGAAAAUAAUGAAGGAUGUUGAAAGUCCUAAGCAUUGUAUCUUAUGGCUCAGAUAGUUUUACGAGAGAUGCCAAGGUCAGAUCCAAUAACUUCAAGUAAGAGUCUAAAUGAACCCAUAAAUACUAAAUCAAGUGUUCUUGACAAAAACAUGCACUGGAAAAACUAUCCUGAUUUAAAAGUUGUUUGCAAAACUAGUAUCUCUUAUCACAGUCACUCAACACAAACCCCAUAUUGUUAAAUGUAAAUGUUUAUGACACAGAAGUUCUCAAUGUUCAAGAAAGAUGGCUAGACUACACACUAAGCGAUGUAACCAGCUGUUUACCACCUGUGAGACAACACCAGUUUCACUCUGACCAGGGCUGGCUAUCCCCACUCCUCAGGUUUGCUGUGAAAGAAGGUGUGCCAAAAUGGGUAAGCCAAGACUUGUCAAAUUGGGUCCCAACACUCCCCCUCCAACCCUUAUCUUUAGAUAGUUUUUGGACUUUAUUAGUCCCCUCCCCUCCAUAAUCUUUUAAGGUGGUGACUCAUGUCCGUUUUUUUCUCCACUACUGAAGUAAAAAGAAUAAUCAGGACAUUACAGGACAUUUACAUUCGAUCCAUUUAGCAGAUGUGAUUCGCUGUUAGUACUGUGGUGUGUAAUAACAAUAUGUUAGUGUUAUGAUACUUACUUUUUCCCCAGCUCGUGCAUCGCUGAUACAUCAGAACCUUGUACUGUGUCUAAACACAAGAGGGUAGUAGGUAAAUGGUGAACGUGUUGGCUAUUUUCAGGCAGACCACUGUCUGGUCCUCACAGUAAUAAUUAACUUAGCCUCUGUACUGUUUUGCUGUACUAUUACGCGGGCUAUACAAUACCAGACCUUUACAAACCUCCACAGACUCUGAGCAUUGCAGAUUCAAGAUAGGAUUUACGGUAGCUUUGAGUUGUACAGCGGCACGCCGAAGCAACGGUGACAGUUUUAGUUGUGCUUUGCUCUCGAUGCGUGUCCCAUUAUGCUUACAUGUUAGCUAUGUUGCUACGCUGUCAUACCAUGUAGCUUCUUUAAAUAUCACUACUGUGUAGUUAACUGCAUUGUUUUAUAGGGCAAAAUAGAACACACUGUUACCACUGCCUCCAUAGUUAUGACUUGGUAGGCACUUCCACAGAAUACUAUUGUACAUUUCCUCCAUAUCCAUUAAAAUAUUAAGCAUUCCGCCAAGCUUUAUUUUUGGCACAGCUGUGACACUAAUUUGGGACCGCUACCACAUCAGAGGAGGAGCCGUGGAUAAUAUAGUAUACCACUGCAGCAGCAAGUUUGGACAUCAUUAAAUGUUUUAUGUUUAGAUUUAUUUUUCCCAAAUAAGACCCUCCACAGACGAAAAGCGUUGACGUAAUUUGCCAAACCUGCUAGGAUCAUCGUGAUGGAUGGGAUUUAUGAAGCGCAGAUGUUUCACAGCUUCUGCUCAGUAGCCUAUCAGUACACAACACACAUUUUUGAGCGUAGCCAUCCUGGGCAGACAGCAAGUAAGCUGUAGUGAGUACACAACAUGAAACUUGUGGAGUUUUACGGACGUGUCCCAUGAGGUGGGCGUGUUCCAAACGUUUGUGCUCCAUACUGAUAGGCCAUUGUGCAGGAGUGAAUCAUUUGAGCUCAGAUUGGACGCACCCGCACAGUCUGUAAAAAGAUGUCAAACGGAGAGUGAAGCACAAGGCUUUACACUUAAACCACAACUUAAUAAGAUGUGCUUGUGUAUUGCAGCAGUGUUGUACAGAAACUACACCUGAUUCAGAAGCUGGCUGGCCAACGAAGUCCUCGGUGGGAGAGAUUUAGGAUGAUGCCUGGAACCCAUAACUUUGACUGAUGCAAUCAAUUGGAUAGCAGCCUUUCAAAUACUCUUAUAUGAUAUACUAGCUCCCACAGCCAGCAACAAGACUAGACACAGGUCUAAGAUCAAUGCACCCGCUCACAAAAGCCUGACUUGAACUCUGCUUAAUUAGUCGAAAAAGUACAAAACUGACUUCAAACCAGUCGCUAGUUUCUUCAACUCUGGCCAUACUCUUGGUCCUUCAGUCAUCUGUAUAAUGUGAUUAAGACCUCUUGGCUAAUUUUGCCCUGCAGUCGCAAUGGCUGUGUGUCCCCCAGACCGAGACACGCCCCUUCUGCAACUACAGGAAGUGAACCCCAGUAGGAUGGGCGGUCGAGUCCGCUCCCCCAUCUUUAGCUCAUCCCCUCCGGCCCUGUCCAUCGAAGCUGGCCGUCCCAUCUGUAUCCCCUCCCCUUAUGCCGAUAUCAGCCACGAGUUCCCCUCCCUGCCUUUCUAUAGCUCCACCCUGCUGGGCUACGCCACCCCUGUGCUCCCUGACUGCCCUUCUGUUCGCCAGUCUCUCAGCCCCUCCCUGUUCUGGCCCAGCCACAGUCGUGUAGGGCCGCCGCUGGCUCUGCAUCGGCCACAGUCCUGCACCGAGCACACCCAGCCCAGCCACAGCCAGUGGUCAGAGCUGUCGCCUCAGGAUCACACCUUGUCUGAGAGCAGUAAGACCGUGAGGAGGCACACACAGGACAUGGACGACUCGGUCACUUCCCUGCGAGGUAAAUCCAACCUGCACUACUGUGCUGUGUGUCAGGACUACGCUUCAGGCUACCACUACGGGGUGUGGUCCUGUGAGGGCUGCAAAGCCUUCUUCAAGAGGAGCAUCCAAGGACACAAUGACUACAUUUGCCCGGCCACCAACCAAUGCACUAUCGAUAAGAAUCGUCGCAAGAGCUGCCAGGCCUGCCGUCUUCGCAAGUGCUAUGAAGUCGGCAUGACGAAGUGUGGUAUGAGGCGAGACCGUGGCAGCUACAGAGGAGCCCAGCCAAGGAGGGUGGUGCGCUUCUCCUCACGGGGCGGGGCCAACGGAUCUAGGAUGGGCUUACAUGAGAUGGGUGAGACCGAGCUCCACCGCUCCACACUCACACCUGAGCAGCUGAUUGGGCUGAUCAUGGAGGCGGAGCCACCCGAGAUUUACCUACUGAGAGACAUGAAUAAGCCCCUGACGGAGGCCAGUGUGAUGAUGUCACUCACCAACCUAGCCGACAAGGAGCUGGUCCAUAUGAUCAGCUGGGCCAAGAAGAUCCCAGGGUUUGUGGAGCUGGGUCUGUUUGACCAGGUGCACCUGCUGGAGUGUUGCUGGCUGGAGGUCCUGAUGCUGGGCCUCAUGUGGAGGUCUGUGGACCACCCUGGGAAGCUCAUCUUCUCCCCCGACCUCAUACUGAGCAGAGAGGAGGGGAGCUGUGUUCAGGGCUUCGUGGAGAUCUUUGACAUGCUGCUGGCUGCCACCUCCAGGUUCCGAGAGCUCCAGUUGCAGAAGGAGGAGUAUGUCUGCCUCAAGGCCAUGAUCCUUCUCAACUCCAACAUGUGCCUCAGCUCUUCUGACGGGGGGGACGAGCUCAACAGCCGUGCCAAGCUCUUGUGCUUGCUGGACUCUGUGACAGACUCUCUGGUGUGGGCCAUCGCCAGAAGGGGGAUCAAUUUCCAGCAGCAGUCCACCCGCCUGGCCCACCUGCUCAUGCUGCUGUCACACAUCCGCCAUGUCAGUAACAAAGGCAUGGACCACCUCCACAGCAUGAAGAUGAAGAACGUGGUGCCACUGUACGACCUGCUCCUGGAGAUGCUGGAUGCCCACAUCAUGCACAGCUCCCGGCUGCCCCACUACGUCCCCCAGCCGGGCCCCUGUCCCCGAGCGGGCUUACCCCCACAGCUUCACAACCCCGGCAGCUGUGCUACCCAGACUCUGACCUCCAGCAGCAGCAGUGAUGACCCCCAGGAACCACAGGAUUCAGAGCGAAAGAUAGACAGCUGGUUCAAGGGGGAUCCCUACCACACGGAAGCUGACUGAGGAGCAGAGGAGUUGUACGACGGUGGAUUAUGUAAAGUCAUGCUUGUCAAUGACUAUUUACUUCUGGAUACUUUUAGAAUGUGAAUUUGAGUUUGGGAACUUUCCAGACAACCAAGUCAAGACGCAGAAACAAUGAGCAAACAUGGACUACUUUCAGGCUCUAUAAGGGGUUCGAGGUUGCAUCCCAAUGGCUUCAUCUCAUCAUCUACGCUUGGACCUUGUCCUCACAAUUAAAUACAACAAAGAAUCACUCCUUGUUUCUAAGUCUGUCGUUUGUUAUUCGCAAGACAACAAAAGUGUCCUGUGAGAAAAAAGCCCUCACAAGCCAUCUCCUUUUUUUGUCUGUGUUGAUUGUAAGCAGAGAAAAAGAGUUUACCCUAUUUUCUAUAUUGUUUGUGCUUGUAAGUGAAUAUGUAGCUUUGACUGACAAUCAACAACAAAAAAAUUGCACUCCUAUUGUAUUAUAAAAAUUGGUAAGGUCUUUCAUGUGAAUGUAUUCCAAGGGCAAGAUCAAAUUAAAGAAAAAAGGUCUGCAUUAAAAUUUAAAAAAUGUAUAUAUAUUCCUUUGCCUGUACUAUCCUUUUCUUGUCUUUGCCUUUUUUAGACAACUACAUUUUGCACUAGUAGUUACAGUACCAUUUUCUAGCUAAAUCUGUUUCUAGGUCUCUGUAUUGGUGUAAGAAGGAAUAUUAUCUUCCUCCAUAGAAGGUUUUCCUCUGAAACUCACAAGACAAAACACCAUCCAUGCAAAGCCAGCAUUCACAUUCUCUCACGUGGUGCAAGUUGUAUAUUGAUCUUGGAAAGUCCUAUCUCAAGCAAAUAUUCAACCCUGGAUGAGAAAGAAUACCAACACAUAUUCUUGGUUUUUAUGCAUUGGCACACUCACAUUCUGUAAAUGUUGGUUCUGACCGACCUCACAAGAUUUGUAUUUUUAAAUCAUUUUCAAACACAUCCCCCUCCUCCUCCCUAAGGUAAAGUGCAAAGGGGAACCCAUGAAGAGAUGGAUGUUUGUUGAAUAGUUUUAUACUAUUCCAAGAGUGCAAUGUAUGACUGCUAUGUCCUUUCACAAUACUACUUCUAUUCAAAGAAGGCAUUUUUAGCCCAAAUAAACUAUAGGUGUAUAAUUUCCAUAUCGUCGGGUUCCUUUUUGCAGUGACAUACUGUAUGACAUUAUGUGAUUUGCUCCCAUGUCAUGCAUAUUGCUGCCGGCAGAAUAGAGACCCAAUUUAAAAUCCUUUUCCUUUUGUGGUUAUGGAUUAUCUGGAAGCUGAAGUAUACAUGCACUUCCAAUCUCCUGUUCGGUCUGUUCAGAGGCCCUUCCUUUUCACUGAUAGAUUCCUCACUGUAAUUGGACACAUCAAGCAUGUCUGGGAUUGACUAGAAAACUGAAGAGAAGAUGAAAAGGUACUUUCUUUUGUCCUUUUCAGUCAUAUAUGAGGACACAUUAUCCAUACUUAAAACAUUUUAAAAUGGGGAGGAGUCCUCAAAAACAAGUUAGGGUUUAGAAAAUGUUUCAGAGUUUUGUUGAAAGAAACGCUAAAUACCUAACCAUUAGAAACAGAUAUCAAUGGAAAUAAUAUGAGCAUGAGAUGCCAUUGAGCAUUGGGUUUGAACACUAUAUUGUCUUUCUUUCUAAUGUUGUGUGUGCUUUAAGUGUUGAAGUUCCAACAUUGUUCUUUGGAUCAAUGUUUUGUAGGAAUUACUCUUUGAAUAAUAAAAAACACAUUUCCUGUGCCAGAAAGUUAUUAAGGUUUCUUCCAGCACUUGUGAGGAAAAAAAAUACGCAAAGAAAGGGAUUUAAAUUAAGAACAUUCAAAGGAUGUAUGACUAUUGCUUAAGGUUAAUAUGAUGUAUGAGAAAAACCGCCAUCAUGGAUCAUGGAUGCCACAUAUUUCGAACUCCUGCAGCAUUUCUAUUCUUCAGACGAGGUGGGAUCCCAGCCCAAUCUGAAGUCCCACGGAAGGCGUUUGUGAUUGACAGGUAGUGGUUGUGGUGCCUGUAGUGGGGCCAUUAUGGGCCACUACUCCAAUUGCUGCACUUGAGAACAACUUUUUAAAAGGUUUUUAAAUACAGAAAAAGGUUUUGAUUUGAUUCGAAUAAGAAUGAGACGUCAAAUAUUAUAUUUUCGAUAACUGUGAUAUUGAAGUCUGAUGUCAGAAAGCACCCCUGUCUUGGAUCAAUGAAAACAAAUGUUUAC